GAAAUAGUUAUUUAUUUUUAUUAUGGGAAAACAAUUUAACUACUAAAAGGUUUUUUAAAAUUUUCAAAAAUUAAUAUGAAAUUUGACAAUGAUACAAUUUACUUAACAUUUUCGUUCUGUCAUCUUGUUGAAAACUAUUUUUGAAUAUUGUAUAAGGAUCUUGGCCAAGUUUCUCCGUUUAUUUUUACUUCAGCAAAGUAAACGUGGAACGACCGAAAGAUGACCGAACGACUGAGAAAUCCUAGAGCAACAUACACCCCAGAUAAGGAAAAAAUGGGCUCCAAAAAGACUGCUGUUGUGUUUGUGGUGGUAGUGGGUUGUUUUGCUGUGCUUUGGCCGAAAGUGUUUUAUCCAAUGCUCGUAGGAUCAGCUAACCAACAUAUAAAACCAAGCCCCAUUGACCGACAAUCAGGAUGCUGUGAUGUUAUAUCGGAACUUGAUAUAAAAACAAUCAAAAUUAUGUCAGAAAUAUGUGGAAUUAUAAAUAAAGAAGAGAAUCUUAGCAAUAAACAAAUGUUAAUGAAAUGCCGAAGCACAGUAUUAGAGACUUGUGGCAUAGAUAUUUCAGCUGUUUUACAAGAACAAGUUAGAUUAGGCCAAAGUGUAAAGCAUAUUAUUGAUGAGGUCAGAUCCUUAAAUGGAUCUCUUUGUUUGAAAUAUAAUUUUGGAGUGGCACCUUGGAAAUUAGGUGUCCCUCAUAGAUUACUUGCAAAUCCAUCUAUUGAUUCGAUUCGUCAAGAAAGACCUCCUCAUCUUAGAGCAGAAAUAAUCCAUCCAGCAUUUAGGGAAAGAGGCAGAGCAAUAACACAACCACAGUCUUCCUUGUUACCUGCAAGACCGCCACCAAGAAUUGUUUCUGGAAGGAAAGAAGAAUCAAAAGUAAAUGCUAAACCGGGUCCAAUUCCUGGACUUCGCCCUACUAUUGGAGGAGCAGGUCAUGUAGUUCCAGCAAAACAGCAGUCAGUGGGAGGAUCAAUAGGGCUUAUUAUGCCAAUAUACACAAUUGCCAUUGUUGUAUUUUUUUCAUAUACAGUUAUUAAGCUUUUUACCAAGAAGAAGCCAGAAACUGGUAAUUUAUAUCCACAUAUGGAACCUGAUCCAGUGUUUAGAAGGGAAGUAUUUGAGACUCAACAUACUGCUGCUCAUCCAAACUUGAGAGAAGGAGUUUCGAGUAAAUUAGUUGUAAAUGCCAUGUCAGCACUGUUGGAUGAAGUCGAUGAAGAACUUGAAGCUCGUCGCAAAGCUAGUCAGUUAGCUCAGGAAACUCAUGUGUUAAAUGGAACACUAUCAAAUGGCAAUGUUGUAAUUCCUGAAGAAGAAGAACAAACAAGUGUCAAGGUUCUUGGAUUAGAAGUGACUGCUAGCCGCAAGGAUGAUAAAAAAUGGAACCGACCAAGUUCUCCAUUAGUGUCAAAUACUUUGUCUACCAACAACGAUCCACAAUCACCAACAAAGGAAAUAUUCUUGGAAGGAGCUUUACCAGCACAAUCUCAUCUUCUUGUUGCUGAUUCUACUACCGAACUUGAUAAUGAACGAGGAGAUAAUGAAGCUGUUGUUCUUGCAAGUAAAAUGACAUUAUCUGUAAUCAGUCUCGAUUCUUCCGAAAAUGGUACUGACGAGUCAUCUUCGGAUAAAAAAUCCGAACAGAUGGUUAUGGUGGAAGACGAUGAUAUUAGAGGUAGUAGUAAUGGUUCCGACGAUUUUGAGAAAAUAGAAGCUGAUCAAUUAUUGGAAGACCAAAUAAACGAUAUUAUCGAAGAGGCCCAAAUCAUAAAUGAAUUCGAAACUAAAAAUACAGCCAUGUUGGAAGAAUUGCCGAUUCAUACCGACAUUAAAGUAAGUCAUCCAGCACAAGGACAACUUGUAGAAGACAUUGAAGAAAGAAUACUUUUGAAAAGAACUAAAAGCACUGAAAAAGAGGGCAAUAAUAUCGUCGAAAUCAAAGAAAUAGUGGAAUUGGAAACAGUUCUAAUUGAAGGAAUAACGAAGGAAAUGAAGCAAAUAGAUGAAAAGGAAAAAGCUGUCGAUAAAACCAAAAGCAGUGCCAGCAGUGAAACUGUUGAAGACGUUGAAGAACUGCUAAGCAGAGGCGAUGAAGUUGGCGAGGCAAACGACGAAAUAGAAUACGAGGAGAGCGAUAAUGGUAGCGAAGAAGAUCUAGACGAUGCUCACAAAGAUAAACGAAUAUCUGAGGAACGUGAAAACGAAGAAGUAAUAGUAAUAAAGAAAAACAAAGACACGCUAGAAUUGAAUGAAGCAGUAGAUGAUGUAGAUGGUGUCCAGGAAACAGUUACUUAUGAAGAUGAUGAUGAGGAUGUUGAAGAAGAGGAAAUAGUAGAAGUUAUUGAAGAGGAAGUUGAAGAAGAAGAAGAAUCGGAAAACAAAUCCUAAAAAAUUUAACAUGGUUUUAUGUAGUCGGUUUGCGUUAAAACAAAAUAAUUAGUUUGUCUACAGUAUAUUUUUUGUUUUAUAAUUAAAUAUGCCCACUUAAAUAAUGUAUCUUUCUUAUAUAAUUUAGAUUUAAAAAUAAACCUUAGAGCUUGGGAGAAUAUCUGUUUUACGAUUUUGUUUGUUAUUGAAAUAGAUACAAGUACAAACUUUUAGUAAAAGCUACUACUUUAAAAUGACCUGGCAUUUAUCAAGAUUUUAUUGGUUUACAUACAAAUAGUAAGUAACUUACUUAGUUAGUGAGCUUAGUUAUAUGCGAUGCUUUUUUAUUAACUUGGGCAAGAAACACCUAUUUUCUUAAGAAAGAUAAUAGAUACCUAAUUGUUUGCCCUUG